AAACUCUUCAUUGCCGACAUUUUGAUCCAUCUAGCGUGGGAAAUUUGAAAUCACGUGAUGAGUUCAUCGUAACAUCUCGAUUCCUGGGGACCAGAAGUGGAUGCAGUUGCAAGGCGCAGGAGCAUUCAUGGCUAGUGAUUCUUUGUGUCCUGUCCGAAUAUCGAAAAUUGUCACAACAACUGUGGAAAAAAUUCUGGAAAAGCAGUGGAAAAAGAAAGGCUAAUACCAUCAACAGCGAUUUGUCGUAAUGCUGAUGGAUUCGUGGGAAUUCUUAUGGGAGCUCUGGGGAUCAUCGAUGGAUUGAAAUUGAUGGAAACUCCAAACAUUUGUGUCAUUGGACCAUUAAUGAUGGCUCAUUCGGGGAAAAUAUGAUUGGUUUCUCAGGGGUUAUUGAUGAGCUUGUGAUAUGGGUCUGGAGAGCUUCCAGACCUUUUAAUUCGUUUGGACUGAGGGGCUGAAGGAUUGAAGAUACCUGAUGCAUUUUUGGAUUAAUAAACCUGCUGGGAGAUCCCAUGUAAUUGGGGGGUGCAGAAGAGGAAAUUAUCACGCAGCAGCUGCCGCAGUCACAGCAUCUUCAAUACCGGCUUCCAUACCAUUGUUGAAGACUCGAGGACAGCUAGGAGGGAGAAGAGACUGCCUAGGUGGUGGAUCCAUGAUUUCGCCUCAUCGAUCGAACACCAAUUGGAUUGUCACCUCCAGCACUGUAGAUCAACGGAGAAUUGAACAGGUUCGAUGUCACGGACACUCCAGGAGGACUGAGGAACCUGGAAGGAGUAAUCGACGUACUCAACAAACAAAUACUAUCUCACAUCUUGUGACGGCUUCUACUCACUCUCGCAGGGUUAUCUCCAACGAUCCAAAUGCCAAUGGAGCGAUUCUGGAAUUUCCGGAAAUGAGAGAUGCCGAAUUGGCGGGAUAUAGACUUCGUUGUGGUGUAUGGAUCACCUUCGUACUUGCCACUGGUUUUGUGUCAAUUGCAAAAUUUUAUUUCGGCAACAGACCAGAUACUGGUCUCGAUGUUUUAAUAUUCUGCGGACUCCUAGUGACUCUGCUAGUGUCUGGGUGUUUUUUUACACUGACUCGACGUGCAAGAAACGCCGAGAGAAACCAGAACAAUCAUCAAGAGGUGUGUCCUCAUCACGUGUGUUAUUACGCUGUUAAUUCAGAACUAAGACCCCAAGUGCAAACACUCAGAGUCCCAAUGCCAGCCCCAACACCUCCACCGAUAUCUCCAUCACCUCCACCCUAUCACAUUGCUAUACUCAUUCCACAAGCUGAACCCCCGGAUGUUGAGGCACCUCCACCCUCUUACGAUAAAGCCACUGGACAUACCACUAAUCCCAGUGCAUCAGAAUAAUUGUGAUUUCAGAUGAUUAUUCUGUAUUGAAGUGGAUUCCCAUUAAUUCUAUUAUUUCCCGAAAUUAUUUUAUAAAAAUUCAGUGACUUCUUUGAAAACUAAAAAAAUUAUCUGCAACGAAUUAAAAUGAUAGCAAAGAUUUUUUAGGACAAUGUGGAAAUAAUAAUAUUCUUUAAAAAUUGACAGGUCGACUUUAUUUUUUUCACUUCAAUACAGAAUUCACUUGAUUAUAAAAGAGAGAAAUAUUUAAAACGAGAAGAUUCGUAUUUUUUUGAUUAUGUGAACGAGUGGAUAUUUUAGCAUGUGGGGAGGAGUAUGAUAGUGGAUCUUUUUUAUUUAUUUUUUUUUUGCUUCAAUUUUUUUGGAUAAAAAAAUUUUGAGAUGUAGUUGUACUACCAAUAAUUCUUCUAUACAUACAAUGAUUUACAGCACAAAAUAGGGAAUUGCAUAAUGUUUUUAUAUUUUGAGAGGAUUUAUUGAUGGCCUAGAAAAUGUUUAUUAUAUAUUUUUACGAAAAUAUUUUUUCCGUCGUUCGUAAUUUUCUAUUUGAACGGGAUUUGUGAUGGGAGUAGGUGCCAAAUGGAAUGAAAUUUCAAACACAAAGAAUUCCACAAAUAUGUAAAUUUUAUUUUUUACAAUUGCACAAAUUUCAACAUUUAUUUAAGCUCAAAUUCUGAAUUUCCAUUAAAUACCGAUGAGUUUUCUCUAAAAUUUGGCAGUACAACUACCUUAGAGAUACUCAAAGGGUUGCAUCAGCUUCAGUUGCGCCAGAUAUUCUUGAAGAGCUACAAAAUUUCCACUGGGAUUUAAAAUUCCUAACUGAAGCUACUGCAACUGGACUGAAAAUGAGAAAAUUCACUCACUCGAAAUUGUUUCUCAUUUACCAAUCAAUUAUUUCAUUAAAAAAUUCUACAAAUGAAGAAUUCUCUACUAGGAUAUCUAAACUGCAAUAAAAUUUUAAAUCAACUGUAAUCAAUCGAUUAAAAUUCACUAACAAACCGGACAACAACAAAUUCUUCAGCGAAUAUGUAUCGAUUUCAUAAAAAAUAUCUCGAGGAUUCCAUAAUUUAAAAUUCUCUUAUUUUCCAUGAAUCUACUAGAGAGAUUUGCAAAAUAAUCUGUUAAAAAUCAUUGAAGUUAUUUUCACUUCAGGACAUCUCCGUGCAACGAAACAGGAAAAAAGGGAUAAUUUUUUCUUAUUCCAGCACUCCAUUCAAUUUCUUAUUUAUUAUAAUUAUUAUGCGGUGAUUAAUUGAUUAAAUUGCAUUUUUAAAACUGUACAGAUUCAUGCAUCAAACGAAUAAAGUUUUUCUCCUUUUU